AUGGACAGGAUGGAGGCCCAGGCAGCUGCCUCAGAGGUGGGUGAUGACCAGGUUGACUCCCAGAAAGCUGACUGCCCUGCGCUCUGCCAGGCCUGGGACCACAGCCAGGCCCUCAUGCUGAGCAGGACAGGAAUCCGGGCUGACGGCUGCAGGGUGGAGUCUCAGAGGAGUUCCAGUGGUGCCAGUGUGGUCAGGCCAUCUCAUGCUGGUGACAUUGGCUGUCCCUUGCAGGUGGCACUGAAACCUCCUUAGAGACCCCUGGGGACCCCCUCCUGGCCCUGCUCCAUACCCCACCCACAGGCCAGUCAGGUGCUGAGGGUCCUGGCUGUGCUGAGCUUGGGGAUGUUGACUCUGGCUUUACUUCUAUGGCAAGUUCCCUGUCUCCCUACCUGGGACCAGAGUCACCCUGAGGAAGAGCCCUCUGGGACCUCAGGCAGUGGCCCCCACCUGGCCUGGGAGCUUCGGGGAGAAGAGGCGGGGCCCAGACUGCAGAAGGAGGAGAGCCAACUUGUCCUGGUGGAGAGCUGCCCCCAAGACCUGCUUGUGCUCGGUCCGGCGGCCCAGUCCCUGGCCCAGGCCUGGAUGGGGCUCCUUGACGCCGCUCAGGAGAGUGUCCAUGUGGCCUCCUACUACUGGUCCCUCACAGGGGCUGACAUCGGAGUCCACGACUCUUCCUCCCAUUUGGGAGAAAUGCUGCUGCAGAGACUGUAUCAGCUGCUGGACAAGAACAUAUCUCUGGCCGUGGCCACCAGCAAGCCGACGCUGGCCACCAACUCCACUGACCUGCAGGAGCUAGUGGCCCGGGGUGCCCAAGUGCAGCAUGUGCCCAUGGGGCGGCUCACCAGGGGUGUUCUGCACUCCAAGUUCUGGAUCGUGGACAAGAGGCAUGUCUAUGUGGGUAGCGCCAACAUGGACUGGCGGUCACUCACGCAGGUGAAGGAAAUGGGUGUGGUCAUUUACAACUGCAGCCGCCUGGCCCAAGACCUGGAGAAGACCUUUCAAACCUAUUGGACGCUGGGUGCACCCAAGGCUGUACUCCCCAAAGUCUGGCCUCAGAACUUCUCGUCCCACAUAAACCGCUUCCAGCCCUUCCGGGGCCACUUCAAGGGGAUACCCACCACUGCCUACUUCUCGGCCUCACCGCCCGCGCUCUGUCCCCACGGCCGCACUCCGGACCUAGAUGCGCUGCUGGCGGUGAUGGGGGAGGCCCAGGAGUUCAUCUAUGCAUCGGUGAUGCAGUACUUCCCCACCACCCGCUUCAAGCACCCCGCCAGGUACUGGCCAGUGCUAGAUAAUGCUUUGCGGGAUGCAGCCUUCAGCAGGAGGGUCCACAUUCGUCUUCUGAUCAGCUGUUGGCUCAACACGGACCCCACCAUGUUCUCGUACCUACGAUCGCUGCAGGCCUUCCGCGACCCCUUGGCUGGCGUCUCCGUGGACGUGAAAGUAUUCAUCAUGCCGGUGGGAAAUCACUCCAACAUCCCGUUCAGCAGGGUGAAUCACAGCAAGUACAUGGUCACAGAGAAGGCGGCCUACAUCGGCACCUCCAACUGGUCUGAGGACUAUUUCAGCAGCACCUCGGGCGUGGGCCUGGUGGUUAGCCAGAAGGCUACCGGCGCCCAGCCAGGGCCCCCCACAGUACAGGAACAGCUGCGGCAGCUCUUCGAGCGGGACUGGGAGUCCCCGUACUCGGUAGGCCUGGAUGAACAGGAGCCGGGCCAGGACUGCAUCUGGGGAUGGGUGCAGGCCUCGGUGCAACUCCCGCUGUGUGAGCCCCUCCCACACUUCCCACGUGGAGACCAAGCUUUAGGUUUCCCGCCCAUCCUGUGGAGUGUGCUGGGAAGUGGGGUACCCAGCAGCCCUGGCCCCCGCCUUACUGGCAGGAAGCAGAGACCCUCAGCCCUGCAGCCUGCUGGGCUCGGAGGACUGCUGACAUCCACUCAGGCUGGUGACCGACCUUCGCCAGUCGAGCCUGAGCAGAGACAGCGGCCCCGGCAAAACGGUGUGCGCUCUUACACUGCUGAGCAGACAGCUGAGCCUGUCCUGAAGGCGGGCUUUGUCGUGCCCACUGAGGGCUCAGGAGUGGCAGACAGGUGA